CUGACAUCCGAGCUCAUCUGCUGGCUCUGUCUCUUUUCUCGUGGACCAAUUACAGGAUGCAUAAAUUUAGGUAGAAGGCAUUAGCAUAUAUCAAAAAUAAUCCCUAUGAGUUUAUAUAAGAGACUCCUGACCUCUGCUGACAAUUCCCAACAGUUUGAACUCGAGUUCCCCUACCAUGUCGCUCACAGUUGAAUCAGUCACUACCCAAGAGGAAGCAUGCCGUCUCCACUCGUUCGACAGCAAUGUCGCCUGGGAGAUCGGAAACAUUAUCCGCACCAAUGCGCAACAAAAGUUCACGCGCCCCGUCGUUAUCUAUAUUGCGCACGUGAACUCAUCCCAACUCCUCUUCUUCGCCACCUCAGGACCUGGUACACUUCCGGACAACAUGCACUGGGUGAAGCGCAAGGAGGCAGUGGUGCUCCGUUGGGGAUGCUCAACGAUGCGCAUGAGGUUGUCACUGCAGGCCAAAGAAAAGACACUGCAGGAAGUAUAUGAGAUGGCCGAUCCGAGCAUAUAUGGAGUACACGGUGGAGGUUUCCCCGUGAAGGUAAAGGGCGUGGAGGGGGUCGUGGGUGUGAUAGUGGUUAGUGGCCUCGCACAGGAGGACGACCAUAGUGUCAUUGUGGAUGGUAUCCAAGAAUACCUUGCGAAGAAUUCUUGAGACAUCGGCCUGUAAGUCGUACACCAUUGGAAGCCGUGUCCCAUUGACAAGGC